GUAAUUGUGAUUAAGGCCAGUUUGAUUUCAUUAUUAUUUUAUUAUAUGAUGAAAGAGCAAACGAGAUGACAAACGAGGAAGUUUUAGAGCAAUCCUGCAAUCCGCGAUUGGCUGCUUUGUUAGCAGUCCACGUCGUUAGCCAAGUCUUGGAUGAUGCGUGCGUUAUAGCAAAUGCUGCAAGAGUUUCAGGUCAGCCCUGGCGUUGUUUGUCAGCGAUGAAGAGUUUAAGAGAUAAGCACUACGAAAUUGCCGAAGGAGAAAAUUCUUAUGUAUAUUCUAGAGAGAAUUGUAACAAUUUGAGUAUUGAUAAGGUGGAUACUGCUACCAAUAUUGUUUUUACAUCAACACCCCAAAAGGGUUCAAAUGAAUUGACAACAGUAAAGGACUUAAAUUUUAUUGGUCAAGGCGAUGAAGACUUUGAUAUACAUGAUGAAGAAUUAACGCAAUCUACAUCCAUGUUUAUUAAUCAUCUAUUUGAUAUGAGCGAAGUCGAACGCGUAAUUAUAGAUAAUGAAGAUAUUCCAGUUAAAAUUACAGAACCUGAUUCACUUACUACAGAUAUUUCAAAAAUAAUGGAUUCGUGUGUUAAUGCUGCUCUUGCUAUUAUUGUUAACGAAGAACUUCAAGAAAAUGAAACGCCAAUAAUGGAUAAUUCUUCUAAUACUAACUAUUCCUGUUACUCUUUUCUCUCCGAUGCCUCUCUUAAUAACAUGGAUAAUGAGAUAGCGUUACUAACAGGUGGUCGAGUUAGUAUGGAAAGUCACGACAGAGAAAUAUCACAAUCGAAUAAAUUAAAAGAAACAACAGAGAAAUCCGCUUUAGAAGCUACCGUGGACGAUGAGAAUAAAAAUGCUUCUUUAUAUGAAAAUGCUUAUUUAACUUUGAAUCGUGAUUAUGAACAAUACUCCGAAGAAGAUGGGGAUCCUGUAUUACAGGAUCCAAAGGCACUAACAUUGCAAGAAGUCGAAUUAAUAACUGCUCAUACUUCGGAAGAGGAUUUGUUCCCGGAUGAAAAAUUCAUCCAGAAAUUGAAGGAUCGUAAUAUAACAUUUGCAAUAUCUGCAACUGCCAGUGGAUCUCGCAAAAGCAGCUUGGUCCAUCGAUGUCGUAGCCAAGGUGCCAGGUUACUAGCUUGCUUACGCAGGUGGUGGAGACGUAAAAAACCGGGUAAUCGAAAGGAGACCCAUGUUUCAGUUCGUGGACUGUGUCCUUUGUCCCCUGAUGCUCGACGUCGUGCUGCCAGCCUACUGGACCACAGUCGGAUGCGCACCCCUUCACCUUCAAGAGCUGUUAUUUGGAAGUUCAAUACUGUUAACGAGGCUGUAGUAAAUUCCUCCCGUUGGAAGAAAUACACAUUCGAUAUAAAACCUGAUGAAUGUGGAGAAUAUUAUUAAUGAAUGUCGUAUGCCUUGGUUAUUUUAGUUUUUUGUUUUUUUAUGAUUAUUAAUAUAUUGUAAUUUUUCUGUUAAGAAAUAGGUUAAUAAAGACAUUUUAGUUAAAUUUAUAAAUACUUCAC